CCGUCCUCCCCCUUCCCGCCCCCCCCCCCCCCGUUUUUAUUCGACCCCUCGUUUUGUACCAGCAACGCCGCCCCCCGCCGCCCCCCCCCGCAGCAAGAUGGUGCAGAAGAAGUCGGAAAUCCAGGGGUUCCACCGCUCCUUCAAGGGACAAAACCCCUUCGACCUGGAGUUCGACCAGUCCAACCACCUGGAGCCCGUCUUCAACUUCGAGUGUCCGUCCCGUCCUGACAUGCCUUCAAGUCAACCCAUCGACAUCCCCGAUGCCAAGAAAAGGAACAAGAAGAAGAAGCGCUGCAGAGCCACCGACAGCUUCUCCGGCAGAUUCGAAGAUGUUUACCAGCUGCAGGAGGAGGUGCUCGGGGAAGGGGCCCAUGCCAGAGUCCAGUCCUGUGUCAACCUCAUCACCAACAAGGAGUACGCAGUGAAGAUCAUCGAGAAGCGCCUGGGCCACAUCCGCAGCAGGGUCUUCCGGGAGGUGGAGAUGCUCUACCAGUGCCAGGGACACAGGAACGUCCUGGAGCUGAUCGAGUUCUUUGAGGAGGAGGAGAGAUUUUACCUGGUGUUUGAGAAAAUGAGAGGAGGCUCCAUCCUGACCCACAUCCAUCGGAGGCGCCACUUCAAUGAGCUGGAGGCCAGCGUGGUGGUGCGGGAUAUCGCCAGCGCCCUUCACUUUCUGCACAACAAAGGAAUAGCACACAGGGAUUUAAAACCCGAAAACAUUCUGUGUGAGAGCCCAGACCAGGUGUCCCCGGUGAAGAUCUGUGACUUCGACUUGGGGAGCGGCAUCAAGCUGAACGGCGACUGCUCCCCCAUCUCCACCCCUGAGCUGCUCACCCCGUGCGGCUCAGCCGAGUACAUGGCCCCGGAGGUGGUGGAAGCCUUCAACGAGGAGGCGUCCAUCUACGACAAGCGCUGCGACCUGUGGAGCCUGGGCGUCAUCCUGUACAUCAUGCUCAGCGGGUACCCCCCCUUCGUGGGCCACUGCGGCUCUGACUGCGGCUGGGACCGCGGCGAGGCCUGCCACACCUGCCAGAACAUGCUGUUUGAGAGCAUCCAGGAAGGCAAGUACGAGUUUCCUGACAAGGACUGGGCGCACAUCUCCUUUGGAGCCAAAGACCUCAUUUCCAAGCUGCUGGUGAGGGAUGCGAAGAAGCGGCUCAGCGCGGCCCAGGUCCUGGAGCACCCUUGGGUGCAGGGGUGCGCCCCGGAUAACACCCUGCCGACCCCCAUCAUCCUGCAGAGGAACAGCAGUGCCAAAGAGCUCACCUCCUUUGCUGCCGAGGCCAUCGCUGUCAACCGCCAGCUGACCCAGCGUGACGAGGACGAGGAGGAGGAGGAGGAGGCGCGACCCAUCAUCAUCAAAGCUACCUCAUGGGCCAUGCAGCUCUCGCCCCCCUCUGAGUCCAAGCUGGCCAAGCGGCGGCAGAAGAGCAGCCUGGCCAAGGCAGUGGCUGCGGGGCAGCACCUGGUGGCCCCACUGGUCCUUGUGGCUGACCAGGCUUGAGCCCCGUGCCAUUCCCCCUUGUCCAUGCCCUUCCCAGCCUCUCCUCUUCUUCUCUCCCCACCCCUCCCAGCCCUCCUCCCCAAAAACCAACACUGUUUCUAGCUGGUGACAAGAUCAGGACUCGUCCUGUUGGCUGGUUUCCAAGGUUUUGCUGAUCUUGUAGGGCUGGGGCUGGGAGGGUUUGUUUAAGAUCUUCUUUCUUUUUUUUUUUUUAAAGGUAUUAAAUCAAGUGUGAGGUUGCUUCACCCAGGGCACACUCAAGGACAUCUGACAGAC